UGUAGUUCUGCCUGCUCUUUUGACUGGCAGCCGGAUCCGGCGACGUGAGGCGGGCGUUGCUUGCGCUUCGCGGAGAUCCUGGGAAGGCGAAAUGGAGGGGUGUGUGUCUAACCUAUUGGUGUGUAACCUGGCCUAUAGCGGGAAGCUAGAGGAGUUGAAGGAGAGGAUCCUGGCCGAUAAAUCCCUGGCAACUAGAACUGACCAGGACAGCAGAACUGCCUUGCAUUGGGCAUGCUCAGCCGGACAUACAGAAAUUGUUGAAUUCUUGUUGCAGCUUGGCGUGCCAGUGAAUGAUAAAGAUGAUGCAGGUUGGUCUCCUCUUCAUAUUGCUGCUUCUGCUGGCCGGGAUGAGAUUGUAAAAGCCCUUCUGGGAAAAGGUGCUCAAGUGAAUGCUGUCAAUCAAAAUGGCUGUACUCCCCUACAUUAUGCAGCUUCCAAAAACAGGCAUGAGAUUGCUGUCAUGUUACUGGAAGGCGGCGCUAAUCCAGAUGCUAAGGACCAUUAUGAGGCUACAGCAAUGCACCGGGCAGCAGCCAAGGGUAACUUGAAGAUGAUUCAUAUCCUUCUGUACUACAAAGCAUCCACAAACAUCCAAGACACUGAGGGUAACACUCCUUUACACUUAGCCUGUGAUGAGGAGAGAGUGGAAGAAGCAAAACUGCUGGUAUCCCACGGAGCAAGUAUUUACAUUGAAAAUAAAGAAGAAAAGACACCCCUGCAAGUGGCCAAAGGUGGCCUGGGUUUAAUACUCAGGAGAAUGGUGGAAGGUUAAGCAGCUUGGAUUUAUUCUUACUUUGUAAUACAGUUUUAUUGUUGUCCCCAGUGUCCUGGAAACUCAUGUACUUGUGCAUAAGGCAUCAUUUAUGACAUAGGACGUUUUCUCACCUUCCCAGUCUUAUAAACAUGUUGACUGUUGUUCCUGCUGAGGUACUUGUUCUAAGCUUACAACUGUCUUUCCAGGCAUUAAAUUACUGUUGAGGUUGUUCUACUAUUAUCAUAUAUUAUUCUGUAUUGAAUCUGGAUUAAUUUUGAGUAUGUGAUUCUCUGGCUAUUGUGAAUCUUCAGCACCCUCCCAAUGCACCUUCUGUCCCUCUCUGAGGCAGAACAACCCCAAUAACAACAGGGCAGUUGUUGUGCUAGAUCGUUCUAAGUGGAUUCUAUAAUGUUCCCCUGUACAGUUGAAACACAUCCUAACUUGUUUUUCAAGCCUCACUCAGGCCUAUGCCAAAUAUUUCUGUUUUUUCAACCAUGAGGUUUAAUUUAUUUUUGUGAUUAGAGGGAUGCUGAUAUAUUUUAGUGGACCAAAUUUUAAGGUAGAGGGCAUGCUCUAAAAUAAUGAAAAACAAUAGCCCAGUGUUUCUUUGAUGAACUGUUUCCCUCCAAAAAAGAUGUAUGGUUUCUUUAAAAGUACCUACAUUGAGUCGUCCUGUAUGAAAAACAAUGUCAAGCUUGUUAAAAUACAAAUACAAAUCAAAAUUUGUAUUUCAGAAACUAAAAAAUAAAAUGUUGAAAGAA